UGUAUUUGAAGUAAUCUGCUUGAUAAGCAAGGUGCUUGAUUAUUAUUGUAUAUAAUAAAGACAGGAGCUUUUUGCCUUCUGCUCCAUGAAUGUGCAGCUCAAGCUAACUUCAAGGACUUUUGCGUUUUCACCUAAGAAACUCGGAUUCUCUUCCAUUUUCAGCAUCUGGAAAGGCUAACGUUUGCUGAUACAAAUAAAAUUUGGUGUGAUUUGGGCAUCUGGUGUGAUUUGGGCAUCUGGGGAAAGUUGGAACUGCUGAAGAGGUUGGUUGAUCUGCGUGCGGCAAUUUUGGUGCUUUGAUCCUAACAUAUACUGAAAGUUCCUACUGGAAUUUUCGAUUUUGAGGAUUCACCACACAACAGUUUUACAAUGUCAUUAUUGUCGAAAUUGCGGUGCAUUACAGUGGAUGUUACUGGUACCUUGUUAGCUUACAAGGGGGAGCUUGGUGACUACUAUUGCAUGGCAGCCAAAUCUGUAGGGCUGCCAUGCCCUGAUUACCAAAGGGUGCAUGAGGGCUUCAAAUAUGCAUAUAAAGAUAUGGCCAGCAAGUAUCCAUGUUUUGGACAUGCUGCAAAAAUGCCCAACAUUGUAUGGUGGAAAGCUUGUGUCAGAGACUCCUUUAUGAGGGCUGGAUAUCAUUACGAUGAGGAGACAUUUGAGAAAGUGUUCCGACGCAUAUAUGCAUCCUUUGGUUCCUCUGCUCCUUAUUCCAUCUUUCCUGACUCCCAACCAUUUCUGAGAUGGGUCCAUGAACAAGGUCUUAAAGUUGGAAUUAUCAGCAAUGCGGAAUACCGUUAUCGAGAUGUAAUUCUUCCAGCAUUGGGUGUCAACCAGGGAUCUGAUUGGGACUUUGGCGUGUUCUCUGGUAUCGAAGGCGUGGAGAAACCAGACCCAAGGAUUUAUGAGAUUGCGCUUGAGAGGGCUGGAAAUAUGGCCCCGGAAGAGGUUCUGCACAUAGGGGACAGCAUGCGCAAAGACUAUGUGCCAGCAACAAGUAUUGGGAUGCAUGCGUUGUUAUUGGAUAGGUUUAAGACAUCUGAUGCUGAGGAGUGGAGGAAAUCUGGUGCGGUUGUGCUUCCUGACUUGGAAGCAGCAAAAGAAUGGCUUACUUCAGAGAAGUCAUCCUGCUGAGGCCCUUUCUCCUUGUUGCUGCUGUUAUUUUGAAAUUUCGUCCCCCUGAUCAAAGAAAUUUUGAUAACUUUUACUUAACCGCGGGUCUCUUUCGUCAGUUUGUUAAGGCCUCACUUUUCUCUGAUUUGAUGGGGAAAUAUGCCACCAGUCAACAAAAUGAUUUAAUCUUCCGGCAUACAGAUUUAGUUUUCAUGAAAUGAAUUGCUUUGGUCUGGUGGUGGAACCAUGGAACCAAUGACUGGGCGAGGAAAGCUGUAGCCUUUGUAGCAACCAUCCCUUCAUGCGUCCCAAAAGGGAAAAAGUUGAUUUAUUUGAAACAAGACACAUGAUUUCUUGACCAUUA